GCUUUGUAAAAUGGCGGUGGACGACGGUGGUGCUGCGCUGCUGACGACGAUCACCAUCAGCGCUGACGAGAAGAACUACAGAGCAGUGUACUGACGAGCGUGCCUGGAGCAGCUCGAGAGAGUAGCGCUGCCGCAGCAGCAGCCUUUUGUUUUUUCCAUCGACGCGUCAUCUCCGAGAGCGUCGUUAUCCUACUAAGAGACUCCGCGAGUGCGACGUAUAUAUAGCGUAUAUUAUAUCCACACGCGCGAGCAGCAGCAGCAGCAGCAGCAGCAUCUUCUCGACGAGAGAGAAGGAAGGAAGAGCGAGUGAGUUAUAUAUUGGGUGCAGGUACGGAUAGGAACGGCUGGAAACGAGAAAGAGGAACGAAGAGGAGCGAGAGACAGAGAAAGAAGGAUCGUGGUGUGCAGCGACGCAGGGAGGGCCGCGCGAUGCCCCUGAUGCUGACGCGCGCCGCGUCCUGUUUACCUGAGUUGCGGACGAAAGAGCACUUCCGCGAGGAGAGGAGGCCUGCCGCCAAGCGGACGACGACCGCGAACCUCAACAAGGUCGCCGCUCGGUUUUAAGUUCUUGAUAAAAACACUACCAAAAUGAAGAUCGAUAGGAGUAGACUGAAGAAGUGCACUUCUGAAGUGCCGGCAGAGUGCCAAGCUUUGAUAAGCAAGUUGCGCUCAUGCUCACACACAGAGUUGUUGGAGGAGUUGAAACAGAUAGAUGCCUGGACUUUUGGGAAAUGUGAACUUUUCCACUGGAUUGAUGUUUUGGACCUUAGCGAUAGUAUAUUGGAGGAGGCAGCUGCCAAGAGCCCUGAUAAUCCAUGGGAGCUGGCCUGUGAUCUUCCGCAAAACAGAGAGACAAAAGAAUUGUUGCUCUGGGUUCUCCACUUUACUACGCUCCUUAUAGAACAUUCUUUUUCACGACACUUGUAUAAUAGUAUGGAACAUCUUGUUACCUUGCUGUCCAGUUGUGACAUGCCUGUAGUUCUUGGUGUUCUAAAUCUUCUGUACAUGUUCAGUAAACGAAGUAAUUUUAUCACAAGAUUAAACAGCGAUAAAAGACAAGCUUUACUUAGCCGACUAAAUCAUUUAGCAGAGAGUUGGGGUGGAAAGGAAAAUGGUUUUGGCCUAGCAGACUGCUGUAAAGAACAUCCAGAAAAGCCUUUCCCAGCAAGUGCAACAACGUUGCAUUUCGAAUUCUAUGCUGAUAACACAUCAGCUUUAGAAACGUCCAGUGGCACCACUGGUAGUGGUAGCGCAAAAAAGACUGCUCAGACAAAUCUUGUAACAUAUAUACACAUCGAAAAUGUAGAUAAACUUGGCAAAACCCCGGCGCAGAUUAUGAACGACUUACUAAAAGUUUAUAACGUACCUCAGGAACGUCAGAUGGCUCUUCUAACACACAUUAGGUUAGCACAUAGCUUUUCGGAUUAUCGACGACGUUUACAGUGCGUUCAAGCUCGACUGCAAGCGCUCUCUGUACUCGUGUAUAGUAGCGCACUCCAAGAAAAUGCACACAGUCUCCUUCAUGCUGGACUUCUUGAGGAACUAGUAGAAUUAUUGGAACUUCCCCACCCACACCUCGUUGAAAUUCGGGCGGCUGCGCUGCGGACUCUAACAAGCAUAAUUCACUUGGAUCGAAAUCCACAUCACCCAAAAAAAUCAGGUUCCCGAUUAAAUAUGAUAAUCGAUGUUACUGGAGCGAGUUCGUAUCACGGAUUUUUGCCGGUACUCGUGCGAACGUGUAUCACGACAUUGACAUCGCCACAACCAGAUGGGCAACCUUUCCCUUUGCCGCUGGCUACGGCACUUUUCAGUUUUCUUUAUCACCUUGCCAGCUACGAAGCUGGCGGGGAGGCACUCGUCAGCUGUGGAAUGAUGGAGAGUCUUCUAAAAGUUAUUAAUUGGCCUGGCAAAGAAUUAGAGCACAUCACUUUUGUUACUAGAGCUGUGAGAGUUAUAGACUUAAUAACUAACAUAGACAUGCAAGGAUUCCAAGCUCACAGUGGUUUAGCUAGUUUCAUAAAGCGACUCGAUAUGGAGGUCAAUGUCUGCCGAAAAGAGCAGCCGUUCGAAAUUGAACCGGACAGUGACACUCCUGAAGCCCCUCAACCUGCUACAGAAGAAUCCGCCAGUUCGAGCACGACUCGAAGAAGCACCGAGCAGCUGGACGAUCGCGAAGACUCGUCAAACCCUAUGGAAUUUUCCGAAGAUGAAAAUACGAGUUCUAACAAAACUGAGAACAAACCAGCCACAACACAAAAUUAUGUGGCUGUUAAAAACGGAAAGACAUGCUUGCCGCAACGAGCAGCUUUACUUAAAUCAAUGCUAAAUUUUUUGAAAAAGGCUAUUCAAGAUCCCACGUUUUCGGACAGUAUACGACAUAUUAUGGAAGGAACACUGCCAUCUUCACUCAAACACAUCAUCAGCAAUUCAGAGUACUAUGGACCAUCAUUGUUUUUGCUUGCUACAGAUGUUGUCACAGUUUACGUGUUUCAAGAACCAUCUCUUCUAUCCACCUUGCAAGACAACGGAUUAACUGAUGUUGUACUGCAUGCUCUAUUGAAUAAAGACGUUCCCGCGACACGAGAAGUUCUCGGUUCACUGCCCAACGUGUUCAGCGCUCUGUGCCUGAACCAACGUGGCCUCGCUUCUUUCACGAAACGACGUCCAUUCGAGCGCAUAUUCAAAGUUCUACUUUCGCCAGUUUACCUUUCGGCUAUGCGUCGACGACGUAGCGCGGAUCCCCUGGGAGACACGGCUUCCAAUCUCGGAAACGCCAUGGAUGAACUGAUGCGGCAUCAGCCGAGUCUUAAAGCCGAUGCCAUGGCCGCUAUUGUCAAACUUUUGCAAGAGCUCUGCGUUCUGGGCUGUGACGCGCGUUACGUUUGCUGGCGAGCUGCCAACAAAACUGAUAAUUCACCUUCUCACACCAACAACACCAACCGCCAGUCUUCAGGUCAAUCUGUUGGAGUCGGUGUAGGCGAUACUGGAGGCAGUGCCGGAGCUGGAGGAGGCAGUAGUAGCGACGAAGAGGAGGAAGAUGAAGAGGAGGCAAGCACCAGUUCACAUCCUCAACGAGAGGAACAACCAUCACCAUCUCCUGCUCAACCUGGACCUCCGCCGCAACCGAGGGAAAAAACUCCAAUCGCGCUGGUUGAUUACAUACACAACGUGAUGAAGUUCGUGGAUGCGAUUCUUAGCAACAAUUCGACCGACGAUCAUUGUCGAGAAUUCGUUGCACAAAAGGGAUUGGUACCAUUGUUGUCGAUCCUGGGAUUACCCAAUCUGCCGGUAGACUAUCCCGUUGCUCAAGCUGCACAAGCAGUUGCUUCUGUCUGCAAGAGCAUAUUGAACCUGGCUCAUGAACCAUUGGUAUUAAAAACUGGAUUGACACAGUUAAACGAAGUUCUAAACCUCCUGAAACCACUGCACAGUCAUAUGGAAUCACCAGGUGGUUCUGUACUUCUACACGAGCUUGCCUCUGCGCCUAAUCUUGAAACAGCUUUUACUAGCGACAAGGCCACACCUUUGCUGCAUGCAAUGAAUGCCGCUCACGGCUACGUUGUCAUGUUCGUGCACGUCUGUAGAACCGGUCAGUCAGAAAUACGUAACCUUUCGAUGAACCACUGGGGCUCCGAGCUUGGACUUACCGUCCUCAAAGGUCUGUCUGAGCUCUAUAUGUCUCUCGUCUGGGAGAGCACGCUACUGCUAGCGCUCUGCAGCGAUGAUAGCAUCCCCGCUGGUUGUGAUUUCGGUAAGGAGGACAUGGAAAAGCUAAUGCCUCCUGAACUGAGAAACGAAGGAGAGUCUUCUAACUGGUCGGCUACCACGGCGUCCUCGGACAUGGGCAGCAAUGGUAUGACUACAGCUAUGGAAGCUUUGAGCACAGAUCCUCCACCUGUCUCAAUGGAAGUUGAUGAAAGCAAGCCAAGUACAAGCACUAGCACUGCUACGACGAUAACAACUACGACAACAACAACGGGUACCGGUCGCACUUCGCCCAGUACUCACCAACUUAAAUACAUCAGACCUCUGCUUGGUGCUUCAUCACGACUUGGUCGUGCACUUGCUGAGCUUUUUGGUCUGCUCGUUAAGUUAUGCAUGGGUUCACCCAUAAGGCAGAGGCGUGGACAGCAAUCGCCGCUCAUUCCAACCUUGCCAUCGCAGGCUGCCCGCAGCGUUGCUACGGCGCUCAACUGUCUGCUGAUGCGUGGACUGUCACAUGACAAGCUACCACCUACACCUAUUCCCAAAUUCAAGCUUACUUUCCUUAUAUGCUCGGUCGGCUUCACUUCACCAAUGCUGUUCGAUGAGAAGAGACAUCCUUAUCAUUUGAUGCUCCAAAAGUUCGUUAAACUGGGAGGCCAAAACGCAUUCUUUGCAACCUUCCGAUGGGCCCUAUCUGCAGGCGGCCAGUUCGAUUUAUCAGAGGGUUUAGAACAUCCUGAUCUACCAGACGGAACCGGCGAGUUCUUAGAUGUCUGGCUAAUGCUCCUAGAGAAAAUGGUGAAUCCCAAAGCCAUUCUGGAUUCUCCUCAUGUAGUUUCUCCCAAAUGUACAGGCCUCUACAAAGCGUAUGAACCGUUUGACCCUAUCAAAUAUCUUAUUGACAUUCACAAGAAAGCAUUCGAGGCUGUAAUGUUAAUGUGGGGUAAAAAGCCCUUAAAGAAUUAUGGUCCACGUAUGACAGAAUCAAUCCUAUCGAUUUUGCGUCACAUUUUGCAAGGAGAAAAAAUUAUCAAAGAACGUACGGAGAAAGAAGAAACUGCCGAGGGAACAAAUACCACUGCUAGUGCUAAUGGCAGCGCCAGUAGAACGGGUGCAACAACCGAACGUCGUGAAGAACCUGAAGCCGAUGUUAAUGCAGAGCACUUAAGACAGCUCAUGGACAUGGGCUUCAGCAGAGCUCACUGCAUCGAGGCUUUGCUACACACUUUAACGGUUGAACAGGCCACGGACUAUCUCCUUACAAAUCCCGCUACUUUACGCAGAUCGGAUAUUUCUACUGGGGAUGCAAACGGCCAAGGACUGAUAAUGGAUCUAGAAAUGGGCGACGACGACCAGAUGAUGCAAGCCAUUGCAAUGUCGCUAGACGAAUCUGAUCCGCAAAAAGCAGCCGCCUCUACGAGCAUUGAAGAACCUGUUCGGGAAACAACCAAAACCAUCGAUGAAUUUACUCACAGUGCUUUGGAGCAAUGCCUUAGUCUGUUAGAUCUGAUGCCCGAUACUGUAUACCGAGUAUGCGACCUUCUGGUGACCAUUACCAAGCGUAAUGGAAACGACUGGCGUGAUAAUAUGCUUAAGCAAUUGAUAAAGGAAAUAGGCGAUUUGAUUGACCAUCUACGCAACAUUGCCGAGUCUCAAGACGAAAAUGCCGGCACCCGAUUGGUCGAAUGUGAAGAAGCCAAUAAGGUUGCUGGUCGCAUUUAUCUCUACACGCUUUUCUUCGAGGGUACAUUCCAGGAGAUGCGAGUUCCCUGUGCCCAGAUCGUUGAGCAGUGUGGCAUUCUCGACAAGCUCGUACGGCUACUCGUGGUCAGCGAAUCCCCGCUCACGGCAAAUAAAAAUAAAACCCCGGUACCUCCGCCGAAAGAUCCUGCAUCUAAAGACAACGCCCCUCCUGUUCAGUCGACGAAAACACCCAAGUGGCUUGCUCCUCUUUUGUUACUUAUAGACCGCUUAGAGAAGGUUGCAGUACUCACGCAACGAAAACAACUGAUGCACAAAGUGACGAAUCGCACCUGGAAAUGGUUCGAUCUUAGCUCGGGCAAGUGGAUGCCAUAUUCGUCUAUGAACAACCGCAUAAUUAACGAUGCUUACUGGGCUGGGGAACCCACUGUUCGCAUAACCUGCAGUCGUCGCAAGUACCAGAUUACCUUCUCGUGCAUGACACAAGUAAAUGAGGACAGCGACAAUCGCAGGCCUAUAACAAUGGGCUUCAGGACCACUACUACUCCUGCCAAUAGCGAGGAAGCCGCAAAUAAUUCCAACACACAGACAACUGUUGUAGCUCCCUCGGAUUCUAACAUGGACACCGAGGACAACAGCACUGGCGCAGCUAGUAUUAGCGCUAAUAACGAGGACAAGAGAAACACGGUAAUUCAAGGUUUGGAUCCAAACGUCACUCCAAGUAUAGUUCGCGCGUGUGUCAAUCUUCUCGCCAUACCAGUGGAUCGAGAUGCUUUACACGCAUUAAUGAAGGUCUGUCUGCGACUUACACGUGACUACAAAAAUGCUGAAGUAUUCGCUAGAGAAGGCGGGGUAAAGUUGCUUCUCGACAUGACACAGGCGAGUAGCUUUAUUGGCAGCAUAACUCUCAGUACACUGCUGAUAAGACACACCCUCGAGGAGCCAUUAACACUCGGUUUGGCGAUGGAAAAAGUUGUGCGUUCGCGUACUCAGAGUAAUAUACCACCUGCUUAUAAAGAAAUCUUAUUCAUGACUAGGCAGAUAAGUAGUGCUGUAUGUCGCAACCCAGACGUUUAUAAACAGGUUUGCGAGAACAUACUGAGAGUUGACAUCAGCGUGCUCAAGCGCGACGAUGUAGACAAUCGAUUAAUCGUCAAAGCUCUACCUCCAAAUCUCUCGCCGUCACUACCCAUGGUUGAGGAGGUAUCAGUGAAUGUGAUUCAUGAACUCCUCAAUGCUUUGAUUAAACCUGUACCAGUACUACCGGAAGAUGCAAACUCUACGACGCCACCCGCUGGUAGUCCCGAGAGAAAGAACAACACUAUUCCAACAAGCAACAAUGUAACCUCCUCGACGACUGCUGCUACAUCGUCGUCUAGAAGAGAGUUACUGAGAAAUAGCACAGCUGCAACGGCGGGUACUAACGACCCUCUCGACGACGACGAUCAAGUUUCACAGAUCAUUCCUCUAAAAAUGUACACCGAUGUCGGUAACAACGGUAAAGUUGAGCCUGAAGAGGCUAAAAAACCUCUUCUCGCUAAAUCCGCAAUCCUUAAGAUGUUGGCUGAAUCGGUGCGCUCGUACGGAGCCAUCGCCAACCUCAUCACGGAGUAUACCUACCGCGCUGGACAGAGUGAAAUGAUCCUUGAGGAUACCACAGCAUUAGCAUUCCUACUUGACAAACUCCUACCCAUACUACCAGAGAACUCAAGCGACCGUCAAUGCAGCAACAUGGCGCGCAUGCUUAUCGCCGCCAUCGCUUCAUGCAAUCACUCUCCUGAUGCCCAAAGCACCUUGGUCGCCGAAGUCAAGGCAGCCUUAACGAGAACUCUCGCCAUGCCCGAAAGCUCUGAAAAACACGCCCAGCUGCAGCUUCUUAUUGGUCUCAUCUCAACGAUGAUUGAUAGCUGUCCUCCUACCUCGCACACACCGUUGCGUGCUCCUCUUAAGGUGCACAACCAGUACUCUAACGUAAACUACAUCGUUAGAAUAAUGCUGAAGAAGGGUAUCAUCACAGACCUUGCCAAGAUACCGCACAGUCUUGAUCUCUCGAGCCCUAACAUGGCUGCAACAAUUAAUGCUGCACUCAAGCCGUUGGAAACUUUAUCAAGAAUUAUAAACCAGCCGAUGCCUGGUGCCGUUAACAACAAAUUUCCGAAGCCAAAGAGCAGGAAUGCACAGGAGGAGCCUAUCGGUGAGCAGACCGGGACGACCACCUCUGAGGCAACUAAUGCUGUCGGUGAAGAAGCGAAUGAAGACGCAGAAAAUACGGAACACGACAUUUCAGUGAACGCAGAGAGCUUGGAGCCUACUUCCGAGAGUCAGCAGCAUGAGGAAGGCGACGAAGCAGCUCUGGAGGACAUUAUGGAUCAACUGCUUGAAAGUGUACUGUUUUCCAGAGAUGGAUCGGCCGUGGCGGAAGAACCAACUUCUCGUCCACACCGGCCGAUGGAUAUUGAAGAAGAGAGCCUCGCAAUGCGCGACGGUGAAGGUGACUUCGAUCCAGCACGUGAUACCACAGUAAGAAAUGAAUCAAGUUUGGCAUUGCUAACCAACAUCUUUAACGAUCUAAUUCUCACGCAAGCCUUUCAAUCCUUGCCUUCACAGGAGGAUCUGAUGAGUUCAGACUCGGACUCUGAUAGCAACCCAUCAGAUGAUAACGAGGACGACGUACAAGACGAUGAAGAUGAAGAAGAAGAGGAGGAAGAUGAUGGCGAGGAGAAUGAGGAAGAGGAGGAAGAAGAGGAGGAGUCGUCAAACUUUGAGGAAGAUGGAUUACAGUUCUACGAAGAUGUUGGCGAGGGCCUUUUCCGCAUGCUACCGACAGCUGAUCGUGAUGAUAGCAAUGUGGUCAUGAUCCAGCACAGUUUUGACAACCAAGAUAUGAAUGCGACGGCCCCGGCCUCCGGUAGACAAAGUCUACCCUGGAACACCAACUUCCCCUUUUCAGUCGAUUUGGUCGGCGAUACACCUCUGGGAUCUGAGAGCAACGGUAUCAAUUCUCAUCCGGUACUCGUAGCUCAUGCUAGCCUUGUUGCUGUUGGUAAUAAUCGUUCCCAAAGAAUGGUUAGACAACGCAGAUACCAAGUGCAGCAAUCAAAUCCUCGCCACUCCAACCCACCUGUUAUUUUGCAACGAUUACUCGGACCAGCAGCGCAAACGGCAAAUCAAAUUUUAGCUACCUCAUUCCGAGAUACUCGAGUUGUCGUCAUGGACAACGGGUUAGGUAUCGUCACAAAUCAAGAUGACGAACAAUAUGAUUUUGUUGAUCAAGCUGGCUACUUGUUUGGACCGAGUCUUGCAGCGACCCUCAAUAAUAUUCCUACUGCUCUGCACUGGUGGAUCGAAGAGAGCAAACUACUUGAUGGAGAUUCUCAACCAGAUUGUUGUGUUGGUGUUGUAUAUAAGUUGAUUCCCGGCUUGGAGAAGUAUAGGAAUGCUGAAUUAGCUGAGAGAAAAGAGAAGCACAAAAAACAACAAGCAGCUGAAAAAGAAGCAGAAAAAAAUAAGGAAACUAAAGGCAGCACUAGUGCCAAUGCUACAGAAAGUGAUGUCCCCAAUACCCCACCAAUCGAUGAUCCUAUCGAUGAUCCCAGAGCAUCAUCAUCUAUAUCAGAAAGAGACGAUUCUAGGCAGUUGAUAGCAGCGGUUGAAGCAGUCGUUGAAGCUGUUCGCCAAGAAUUGCAUACUGACGAAGAAAUUAUUGGAGAGAUGGAAGUGACAGUACAGGAUGAAGGAGAUCGUCCAAUGAAUCCACCAGAACAAGUAGCUGAAGUCCGAGAAUCGCAAGCAUCAGAACUUAGUACAGCUACCGAAAUUGCGGAAAGCUUGGUCGAUUCUGUUCUUGGUGUAUCAACUACAGAAGCUAUGAGGAGACAUAGGCAACAAAAUGAAAGACCAGCUGAAGGAGGUUCGACGACGGAAAAUUCUGAAGUAUGGACAGCAGGUGAACUUGUCGAUUUUAGUGAUACUUCUAGCAAUGAUUUAUCACGAGAGAACAGUGUACCUAUUGACUGGAUAAGGCGAUUGUUAAAUGAAGACAAUGCCGAAGCUAACAGCGAAAGAAAUGCCAAUGUUACAAAUCAAGAGAACAGUUCCUCAGCGCUAGAUGCUACUAACACAGUUCAAACUGGAGAACAGCAGCAAGAGUCGACUGCUCAAACAGCUACACAGGAAGAUAAUGCUCAAAUACAACCAUCAAGUGAUGACUCUGCAGCUGCAAACGAAAAUGAGGCAUCUGGUACUGAACCACAACCCCCAACACAAGAAGCCCCGCCACAAGCUAGUCAAUCACAGGAACAACUACCUGAUGGUGUCGAUCCGUCGUUCUUGGCGGCCUUACCUGAGGAAAUGCGUGAUGAGGUCAUCGCGGAACAGCUACGCUUGCAAAGAAUCAGGCAGAGAGCUCAGGCCUCAGUUGUAGAAGAACUCGCGGGCCCUGUUGAAGUAAAUCCCGAAUUCUUGGCCGCUUUGCCACCAGCUAUUCAAGAAGAGGUGUUGGCACAACAGCGUCUUGAACAACAGAGGCACGCUGCAGCCUCGGCCAAUCCUGAGGAUCCCGUCGAUGCAGCGGCGUUCUUCCAGAAUCUUCAGCCAUCGCUUCGACAAGCGAUUCUCACGGAUAUGGAAGAAUCACAAAUUUCAGUGCUUCCACCUGAUUUGGCACAGGAGGCUCAAAAUCUAAGAAGAGAAUGGGAAGCCCGAAACAGACAUAUGAUGCAAGAGCGAUUCCUCAGUCAUGUUAGUCAAGGCAACGCUCUUUCAAGUAUCUUAAGAAACUCGAGUAGAGUACGAGGACCUGCAACACGAUAUGCGAUCCAUACAAUGCCACAGCGAGCUCAGUGGAACUCGUGGAACAGUAGAGGUGAUGCGGGUGUUGCUUAUCCAGCAACAAUGGCCGGUGCCGGUCUUCGACUCCGAGGAAGACAAUUACUUGAUCAUGAAUCUAUGGCUUGUUUAUUAGUUUUGUUAUUCAUAGACGAACCAAAAAUCAAUACCCUCAGACUUCACAGAGUGAUCAGAAAUCUAUGCUAUCAUGGAAGCACAAGGGAGUGGGUUGUAAAAGCCCUACUGAAUAUCAUGGAAAGAAGUAAUGAUGAAAACAAAGACGCCCUUGCUGAGUUCGGUGGCAAAUUCAAAAGGAAAGGAGGUCAUUCAAGCAUGGAUUAUUGUUCACCUAAAGCUAUCGAUACUAGAAAUAACGCACAAUCUUGGUUAAACGUCAGCAUUGAUGCUGCAUUGGGGUGCAGGGCUAAUGUUUUCCAUAUAAUGAGACAUGGAGGUAAAAAAUCUGAGAGACAAGGACACAACAUUACUAUUCAUCCACAAGCCGCACCUACUGUUUGCAGGCAUACACUGGAACUGUUGAUAUCAUUGGCCAAGAGUUUCCCUGCAUACUUUGUCCCAAUAAAAUCGAAAGAAACGGAAGAGAAGGAAAAAGAAAAGGAAAAGGAAAAAGAGAAAGAAUCAAAUACAAAUAAAGAAGAAACUGGUGCCAAACCAAAGAUCACAGCAAAGCCCGGCAAAAGUGAUGCUCCUGAUUUCUGGGAUAUGAUACUUCGACUGGACUCGUGCGCCUCAAAGAAGGGAAAAUCCGUGGCCCGCACCCACUCCAAUACGAACUUAGGCAGCGAACCAGAACAAUCCGUUAUAUCAUUCGAAGCUUCAGCGUUCGGUCAACUGAUCUCGAUGUUGCAUUGGUCAGUCAUAAAGCGAAGCAGCCAAUUGACGGAUAAACUUUUGCGACUGCUGUCUUUAAUAUCGAUUGGUUUAACUGAAGUACAUCCUUACCGACGACAAGAAGGAGCAGCCGCCAAGACCAAAAAGCCAAGCGAUACCAGCAAAGACUGGAGCAUUGCUGCACCCGAAGGUCACAUUAAGCUCGCCGUUCAAGUACUGACAAGCAAGAGCUGCUCAGAAGAAGGAUUAGAAGACGCGACUGCGUUAUUGCUUAAUUUGUCACAUUGUCCAGAUCCGACUCGUCAGCUGAUAUUGAAAUUACUUUUGGAGGGUGCGAUGGAACUAGCAAAUAUGGUCUGUGAACACAUAAACGAUUUGAUGAUGGAACUGAAGGUACUCAAUCGCGAAUUAAAUAGGAGGAACUCUCUAGAAGAACAGCCUUCAACUAGCGGUAGUGGAUCGAAUAGAGGUUUCCUUUUAGAUAGAUUUACGAACGACAGCGUUGUCAUAACAGCACCCACGAAAUUAAAAGCUGGAACCGAUCUACAACUACCGUCCAUGGGAACACUUGUCAGCAAAACCUCUAGUCAAGCCUUCUUCCUUCGUAUACUCAAGGUUAUUGUGCAGAUAAGAGAGGCCGUACGUCACGCAAACACUAAAAAAGCUCAAGAAGACGCUGCUGCCUCAAAUGUUGCAGCAGCUGCUGCUGCUGCACCGCUGUCAGCAGGAGAAACAGCUAUGGAAACGGCACCAACCAGCAGCGGAACAAGCGAAGAUGCAAACAACGAGAGCACGGCUGACGUCGAUACCAUCGCUAUGGAUACAACGCAAGCGACACCACCAGCUCCAACUCCUACGCCAGUUGUAGACGCUACGCCUCCAGCAGCUCCUGUUUCCGAUGCUGCCACCCCAAUGCCGUCGAGUUCUCGGGCUAAUAGCGAAGAAGACAUCAAGUCGCAGUUGCCACUGUUGAGCGAAAGCCUUGUACUUGACAGUCUGUGGGAAACAUUGAGUGCUUGUCUACUUGAACUUGAACACACACCAGAUCAUCAUGCAGUACUUGUACUACAACCUGCCGUUGAAGCCUUCUUCCUCGUUCAUUCGUCAUCGAGCACAUCGCGCGGUGAGCGAAACAACGACAAUGCCGCAGAAAAUCUCGACGUUGUAGCGGAUAUUGCGCCUGUCUCGCCCAUCUUCUCAGAAAACGAGAGUACAAAUCAGGGCGAUGCUGCCACUGCGUCGGGUACUGCUACCACAGCGGCAACUGGCACCAGUGCUCCGCACACCUGGGACGCGAACGCAGCUCCUGUACAAAAGGUUCUUCCUCCAGACCAGCUGAAAUUCCUUAAGUUUGCCGAAACACACAGAACUGUUCUCAAUCAAAUUUUGCGACAAACAACGACCCAUCUGGCGGAUGGACCAUUCUCCGUGUUAGUUGACCACACGAGAGUUCUUGAUUUCGAUGUUAAACGAAGAUACUUCAGAACUGAGUUAGAACGAAUGGACGAAGGCAUUCGCAGAGAGGAACUUGCUGUUCACGUGCGUCGUAGUCACGUAUUUGAAGACUCAUUCAGGGAACUUCAUCGCAGGAAUGCUGAUGAAUGGAAAAACCGUUUUUACAUUGUGUUCGAAGGUGAAGAAGGUCAAGACGCUGGUGGUCUGUUACGUGAGUGGUAUGUCAUCAUUUCGAGAGAAAUCUUCAACCCUAUGUAUGCUCUGUUCACCGUCAGUCCUGGAGAUCGGGUCACGUACAUGAUUAACUCCUCAUCGCAUUGCAAUCCGAAUCAUUUGUGCUAUUAUAAAUUCGUCGGUAGAGUAAUAGCGAAAGCCAUCUACGACAAUAAGCUCUUGGAGUGCUACUUCACGCGUAGCUUUUACAAACACAUACUUGGUAUUCUUGUGAAACACACCGACAUGGAAAGCGAGGAUUACAGUUUCUACAAAGGCCUUGUUUAUUUGACUGAAAAUAACAUCUCAGAUUUGGGAUACGAAUUAACGUUCUCAGCCGAGGUUAAUGAAUUCGGCGUCAAUGACGUACGAGACUUAAUACCAAAUGGGCGAAACAUCAUUGUCACGGAAGAAACGAAAUUGGAAUACAUUCGAUUAGUCUGUCAGAUGAAAAUGACUGGAGCUAUUCGUAAACAACUUAAUGCGUUCUUGGAAGGAUUCUAUGACAUAAUUCCCAAACGACUUAUUUCAAUCUUUAAUGAACAAGAACUCGAAUUGUUAAUUAGUGGUUUACCCAAUGUCGAUAUCGAAGACUUAAAAUCCAACACAGAAUACCAUAAGUACAGCCCAACAUCGUUACAGAUCCAAUGGUUCUGGCGUGCAUUACGCGGAUUUGAUCAAGCGGAUAGAGCGAAAUUCUUACAAUUUGUUACGGGAACAUCGAAAGUUCCGCUUCAAGGCUUCGGCGCUCUUGAGGGUAUGAAUGGCGUGCAGAAGUUCCAAAUUCACCGAGAUGAUCGGUCGACGGAUAGAUUGCCGUCAGCUCAUACAUGUUUCAACCAAUUAGACUUACCUGUUUACGAAACGUACGACAAGCUGCGCAGCAAUCUAUUAAAGGCUAUUCACGAAUGCAGCGAAGGAUUCGGAUUUGCGUAAAUUUUUGCUAAAGAAAAAGAUCAUAAUCUUGUAUCGCAAAUUUGUUUUCUAUAAUGUGUUGCUUCAGCCUAUUCGACGAAGUAAAUUAUAUAUCUGCGUGAUGUAACAAAUAUGAACUGUGCUUGAUCCUGAAUCGAGUUCUUAAAAAUAAUGGAAUCAACGUACAUGCAUAUAUUAUAACACGCAUGUGUAUAUACAUAUACUACAGUGUACAUAUAUAUGUAUAUAUACAUAUGUAUACAUAUAUACGACUAUGGUGUAAUUAUUGAAGAUAACUUUAAAAAAAACACUACUCGAUUUAGAGUUUAUUUUGUUGAGAAAACGCUCUUUGAAAAGAACUGGGAGAAUGUGUGUGAAAUAUAGGAAGACAGAGAGGCACUUAACGAUAAUUCCCAGCAAAAUGAACAGGAGAACUAAACUGUAAGGCUAAUCACAUAUAAGACUCUACAAUAAGGUUUCUAUUUAAAGGAGCUGAAUAGGCGUCCUAGAAUAUCAUAAUUGAUCCAAAGAGAUCAAGAUUGUAAUAUACAGCACUCGAAAGAAAAUCAUUGGUGAUAUAUUGCAACAGCAAAUAUUUCAUAGUUUGCAUAUAGUUACAGUGUGUGUGAAUGAGAGAAAUGUAAGAAAAGAAUUUCCUUAAAAGUUUUACACAAAAGUGAGAGAUGUGAAAAAUAAUAACUUGAAUGAGUAAUUACGAGCGUGGGUGAGACAAAGAUAAUUUUUGUGAAAAUGGAAAGCCUAAUUUACCAAGAUAUGAAAAAAAAGCCAAGGAGAUUGCAAUGUAAAAUCUAACUAAUCCGUUUCUCAUGAGAGUUAUGAAUGAUUGUACACUAUUAGUAUUAAUAAUUCUAAUUUUUAUUAAUUAAUAUUAAUAGAUAUAGUAAAACUUAACUGAUAUCAUUUUAAUAUUAAUAAUUCGAAAUGUGAUGUUAAAAGAAGUGUAAUUUUUUCUUGAAAUCUAAGUAAAUAAAGUUUACAGUUAAACCGAUACACAGCUACGAUCCAAGAGCGUCAAUGAUACCUCACGGAGGAGUAAACACGUUGUAAUUGCAUUCGGCUCCUUUUGACAUUGUUAGGGAAUUAUUGCUUAGGAAUCGCUCAAAUAAAUUGAAUGUUGUAUUUCUUAUAAAAAAAAAUCAAUAAUGCA